AACACAUUGUUUGAGUCUAUACCCAAAACCCUGAGAUCCAAAACCCUAAAAUCUUUUUGUUAUUCAUAACAAUGAGGAAGAGACACUACUCAUCGUCAUCAUCGGAUUCAUCAUCAGAUUCAUCAUCUUCUUCCUCGGAAGAGGAAACUUAUACUAAGCGUUCCGUGAAGAUCAACAAUAACAAGAAACGUAAACCUCAAGAAAGUGGGAACCCUAAUGGUAAAACCAUCGCUAUUGAGCAACAACCACCAAUAAUAAUUCGUUGUGAAAAUGUGGAUAUGCAUGCUGCAACACCCGCAGACGUGAAGGUUUAUUCUGACUCAUACGUGUAUGAGAUCGAUAUGCCGGGAUUGAAAUUUGGUAGUGAGAUAAAUGUUAAUGUUGAAGAUGACGAUUACCUUGUGAUCAGCGGCGAGAGGAAGAGGGAAGAAGGUGUCGAGUAUUCGAUGAUGGAGCGAAAGGUUGGCAAGUUCAUGCGCAAAUUUGUUCUUCCAAAGAAUGCUAAUACAGAUGCUGUUUCUGCUAUCAGUCAAGAUGGAGUUCUUAGUGUUACCGUUCAGAAAUUGCCUCCUCCUCCUCAGCCUAAGAAGCUUAGAAGAACUAUUGAGGUUACCAUUGCUUGAAACAUUUUUUUCUUUUUUAGGAUCAUUUUAAUAUGUUUUUAUUAUUGAUUGAUGCACUAUAAAGUAAUGAUUUUGAUCUGUUAUGUUACCAAAUCAGUUAAGUUUUUUUUGUUUGUUUCUUGAUUAUGAUUUAUUUGAAAAUCUAUUUCUGUUACUAUAUUUGAAAAUCAUUAUUUUUACAAAAUAAGUAAAAAUCAAGGAAUGAUAUUCCCUUGAUUUGUCUUAA